AAGCGUACAUAACAGGCGGACUAGGCACUAAUUCUGGUGCGACAUCCAACAACCUCCCAUAUCGUCUCAACAGCAUCAGCCUCUGCUCGAAUCCGGCCUCCGCUUCUCCGCAUCUGCCUGGUCCAGCAGACCGCAGGCUGUGCUGUCACGCCUACCUCGUUAAUUGCCGCUAGCUCGCGAGCCGGCUUCCCGUCAGCUGCCGUACUGCUCGUGUCGACUUGAAGAUCGACGCAGCCAGCGCGUAUUGUCCUGAUUCUUUCUCACCCUUCUUCAACCGUACAUCAGCAGCAGUAGCAGCAGCAGCAGCAUGGCCAUGGACGAUCCCUCGCUGCGCGCGCUGACGGAGGCGACGGCCGGUGCAGUGGGUGGGCUGCUGAGCACCACCAUCCUGUACCCGCUCGACACGUGUAAAACGCGAUUCCAAGCGGAGGCGGCUUCAGAGGGACGGAAACGAUACAGCAACAUUCUGGAUGUGCUGCGCGAGGCGGUGGCGAGCGGCGACGUGUCGAGCCUGUACGCGGGGCUGGCGACGAAGAACAUGCACUCCGUGCUCACGGGCUUCGUCUACUUCUACACCUACUCCUUCUUCAAGUCGCGCUACCUCGCGUCCGCGCAGCAGAAGAACCUGGGCCUGCUCGCCAAUCUCGCCGUCGCCGCGUCGGCCGGCGCGUGCACCGCUGUCGUGACUCAGCCGUGGGACACGCUAUCGGCGCGCAUGCAGACGAGUCGGCCGGGCGAGAGCAAGGGGUUCUUGGAGAUGCUGCGCGAGGGCGGGCUCACGCACGCCUUCGACGGGCUCGGCGUGUCGCUGCUGCUCGUCUCCAACCCAGCCAUCCAGUACACCAUGUUCGAGCAGAUCAAGACGCGCUGGCUGCGCCGCAACGCCACGCUGGCAUCAGCGGACGGCAGGGCGGCGUCAGCUGCGCCACAAGCGCUGUCAGCAGCAGCCGCGUUUGCCAUCGGCGCGCUCUCCAAGACCAUUGCCACCAUCGCCACGUACCCUGCCAUCAGGUGCAAGGUGAUGAUGCAGAGGGCGGAGACGGAGGAGGAGAAGCAGCGCAGGGCAGCAGGGGACCUUACCGCCGGCGCUCCUAAGUCCAUGGCUCUGGCGAUGCGUGUGAUAUGGCAGACAGAGGGGCUGCCGGGGUUCUUCAAGGGCAUCCAGGCGCAGAUCCUCAAGACAGUUCUCUCGUCCGCGCUCAUGCUCAUGAUUAAGGAGCAGGUCUCCUUCACCUCGCGCUCCCUCGUCCUCGCCAUCCACCGCGCCCUCUCCUCCCUCUCCUCCUCUGCUGCUGCACCGCCUAGACCUGCUGCUGCUGCCCUCCCAGCUCCUGUAAAGGCGGUGCCUGUGCAGGUGGUUGUGGCCCGGCCACCCCCUGCUGCUGCUGCAAUAAUCCCGCCUGCUUUGCAUCGUAGCCUCCCCAUGGCGUCCGCUCCUGCUCCUAUUGCAGCUGCUGCUGCAGCAGCAACGGCAGCAGCUGUCAGAAGCCCUGCCCCAGUGCAUUCUCUCGUGGCGGCAGCUAAGCCGGCUGCUCCUGCUGCUCACUUGACUACUGGCCACUCUUCCAGCAUUGUGUUUGCACCCUCAGUGCUGCCGCCCCCCACAUCCUCACUCCAUUUACAUUCGGCAGCAGGGCUGUCCAGAGCCAACAGGGGUGCUUUCGACAGGUCAUCGGCUGGAGCUGCAGUGGUUGAAUUAUAAUGUGGAUUUGAGGCUUCUCGCUUUCUCUUCGAGCGUUGGGUAGGGAUGAUGGGGAAUUGAGGUAUCUUUCAUUUUUCUUCCAAGUGGUUUAUAUUGUUAUUGUUUUUGCCUUGUUGUCAACCUCAUAGUUGCCAUUUCUUCGCGAGCG